AUGGUAUCCUUUUCGUGCGAGGAGUGCGGCGACGUUCUCACCAAGAAGAAACUCGACCCUCAUCGCAACCGUUGCCGCGGCGCCACCUUUACCUGUAUUGAUUGCAUGGUCCAUUUCCCCGGCACCCAGUACCGCGCCCAUACUUCUUGCAUGACCGAAGCCCAGAAAUAUCAGGGUGCUUUAUACAAAGAAAAGCCCCAAAAGAACAACAAUACCCACGCGCAAGCCCACGCCGCAUCCAAGCACGAUAGCAACCCCCAGCCCGCCAAAAAGACCAAGAUGAUGGCCCAUCAACCAUACGUUCAAGACGUCCCCGACGACACCAGCUACGCCCCUUGGGCCGACUACGAGGGCCAGACUGAAGACGAACGGUCUCCCGUCGACCCUCUCCCCGAAGCACCAACCCCUCCUCCUGCCCACCGAGAGCAGCCGUUCAACGUCUUCGAUUACCUCGUUUCCACUGGCCAGACCCCGAAUGCCUCUCACGUUGACCUUGCCAAAGACAUCCCGGCCGAAAGCGAGAGCACCACGCUUGUUCGAUUCCGACACGACACUGAUGGGUACCUUGACGAUGAUGAACCCUUCGUCCAGUACAGCACCGGGCCUGUUCCUACCGCCGCCUACGUCACACCCGGCCCCAAGACGGAGCGCCGUCGCAGCAAGGAUGGUGACAAGAAGGAUAAAAAGCGCAAGCGACUGCACAUUGACGUUGCCGGUGAUGAAGAGAUGACUGACGCCCCUCCUGUGCUUCACUCCGGACUCACUGGCAAUCUCAAGAGCUUGAUGCGUUUUCCUCCUUCUCCUGACUACUCUGGUGACGCUGCCGAAGCUACUCCUGCCAGCCCCUUGAAGAAGAGCAAGCACACCAAGCACACCAAGAGCGGCCAUGGCAACAGUAUCUUGGACAUGAUCACUGGCGGCUCCAAAAAGUCCAAAAAGUCAAAGGACAAGAAACACCACCACCACCGCCGCUCCAAGAGCCCCAAGAGCCCCAAGAGGCUCGAGUUCAAUAAGGACGCUGCCAAGUCAGAGAUGGAGGGGCAGAUGAUUAUCUUCAAGCCCCGCGCUGAUAUAUUCCUAGGCUUUGUCAACAAAGGCCCUGAGAGUGAUCGCGGCUGCAGCAUGAACAAGGCCCUGAAGCGAUACCACCGCGAGCGCAAGUCAUUGGGCGCCACAGACUCUAAAGUCAAGGACGAGAAGGAACUCUGGCGAUCCCUGCGUCUUCGCAAGAACGAUCGCGGCGAGAUCGUCGUCUUUGCUCUCGAAGAUGAUGAGUAA